CAACUACUUAAAUCACUCCUGUCUCCUGCAACUUUCAUCACAGUAACAGAACAGACAGCUCACUACCACGCUAUGUCAGGAACAAAUCCACUCAGCCCGGACAACAUCCUGGAGCUCGCAGCCAAAGCUCUUGGCUCCGGCCAACCGAUUCUCCAAACACCCUAUGAAGCUCUGGCUCUGAUCGGCCAUGCCUGCAUGGCAGCGGUGGACUUUCGGCUAGUGGGACUUGGAGAGGAUCACAAUCUAGAUUCAUCAACAGAGCCCUCCGCCCUCCCCACUGAAUGGAACGCCAACUCUACCUUUGCCUUCCGAUAUGCCCACGCACAAUCCUCGAUGCAGUACUUAUUCAAAGUGAGCCGGCUUGGAAAUAAUGCUGUGAUAUUCGCGCUAGCCCUGGGUGAUGAUCGCACCAGCUCCUUCGACCUCCCCGCCAAAGACUACAUCUCCGCAUCCGCUCUACCCCUCACACAAACCGAAAACCUCACCAGUGACCUCCGCGAUGUGUUCAUUUCAACAGCUCGACUGAAUGAUUUGAUCGGGCUGUUCAAGAUCAACGUGAUCCAGAAGCUUGCGCCAGGACUAUACAAGGAAGGAUACGAAGAACCGAGUCGGCCCACGAGGGAACAACCCGAGGAUUCGCGCCAGCGCGAUCGUCUUCGCGAUGACUCUCUUCCUCAACCUGCGCGUCCAUAUCCAUUUGAGGAUCCCCUAGCCCCGGCGCCUCGCCAACCGAACCCCGCGGGGGAUUUUGCUCCUCCGGGAUUCGAGGAUGAAUUCGAAAUAAACCGACCUCCGCGUGGGUUCCCCCAGGCUUCCCCGGUGGCCGGAGUCCUUAUAACAUCGGAGACCGCGAUCUCUACCCUGCCGGUCUUGGGCCCAAUGAUCCACUCCGCGGAACGAUGGGUCCGGGCUUUGGUAGCGGUGGCGGGAUGCAUCCGACCUUUGACGAUCCCCUCUUUGGAGGCACUGGGAGCUCAGGUGGUGGUUAUGAUCCUCGUGCACCCCCUGGAGCACGCUAUGAUCCUCCGGGGCCAUUCGGACCCCCAUCUGGCAGUGGCCGUAGGCCUGGUGGAGGUGGCUUUGGAGGCUUUGGAGGUGGAUUCGGCGGCGACAUCAUCUAGAUGCGCUGCGGCCAAACACAAAAAUAGCUACUGAAUUUGACGAUUUAUGACUGCGACGAUUAAAUGGGGAUUUCUCUUCCUGUGACAUGUAUUAUUAACAUUAAAUCAGAUCAAUUCUUCCAUAUUGCUCGAACACAUUGCUCCCACAUUCCCA